CAAAUGGUUGCGCAAGCUGCCUACAAUAUCUACUCAUCUAAACAGCACUAUCGACUGCUGUGUUCAGACCAUUCGUGAUAUUCUCGAGGUAGACGGUUCAAGAAGGAUUGGAGCUGAACAUUUGGUCAAGAAGAUGAAGCAUGUCGCAUAUCACGUUGCCCAUGCUCGUGAACCUAAUACCCUCCAAAACUGUCCACUAGAACAGUCAAAACUUCAGCGUACUUUCGAUCCGCCUCUCUUAGAUGUAUCUGAUGCACCAAAACCAGGAGAAAUAGAGCGGUCACCUUCCAUCCAACUGAUCACACCCGUAUUGGGCAAAAAUGACAAAUCGGUCGAUAACGGUGCAGCCAUGCCCUACAAUAGCACUCCAAACUUCCCAGAACAACCUCUUCACGAGAUAGGUUCGCUUCAAACGCAACAGCAUGGGCCAUCACCUCCUCUUCCUCCUGCUGGACAAAAAACUCGUCCACACUAUGUUCAUGGCCAGAAACAUUCGACUCCUCGUCGCAACGACUCGACCCGAGGAUCAGCUAGCACCAUAAGCCCUGGUGAAGCAAGUGAAUUUUCUUACGACAAUCAAUCAGAUAGGUUCUAUCGGUCUAUUGGUAAAACAUCCAGAGCCGACCUUCACGGAGUCACGAUCGAUCAAAACAAAGAGCGUGACGUAAAGAAUCUCGUAGAGUUUGGCAUUCCUAACUUACAAAAGUCAACAAUUCAUUCUAUCUCACUCUGCACAUCUGGGAAAUGCUUGGCCUACCUUGUCACACAGCCAAAAGAUGCCCACCAGACAGUUUUUCUCUUUAAAGUAUCUUUGAAAGAUUCAAGUCUUCAAUUUGACCGUUGUUUUUCACUCCCGCCAGUCCCGGUGUGGAAACACAUCGUCCAGGCAGGCUAUAAUUUUGUGGUAUGGGGUAAUCAAACUGGAGGGAUAAAACAUGUAGUUGUACCACAUCUGAACCGCGAUUAUGAGGUCUGGGACUCGACAAUGAAACAAUGGCUUGCCUCACUUAUUAGUGUAGCCAUCUCUUAUCAUGGCUCGGUAGCACUUGUGAGUGCCAAGGUUAUAUGUUAUUUCAAUUUGAAUGAUACUUCAAGCAGCGAGACCAUUUUGUCAACAGGGAACCAAACGUUUACUGAUGCCAGGUUCAAUGAUGAUGGGAGUGUUCUCUACGCAUGGUCAUUUGGUCGACCAGACGACCGCUUACAUAUUUGGCUGAUUUAUGAAGCUACAAGAGAACUGAUUCAACCCACAGAUUCUCAAGGAAGCUAUGCAUCAAGACAGCAAGGAAGUUCAGAAGUAAAGAUAAUCCCAUACAAUAGCUACCAAGGCUGCAUUAUCCAUGUCCCUGGGAGUACUUUCUUUCCUGCCCAAAUCCGAAGCACGCAGCGCGGAAACAACGAACGACUUCCCAGGAUGGAAAAGAUAAUAGCAGAUACUGUGGCAGCUUGCAUCUUUGGGGAUCAUUCACUGCUGGUGGUGGAAAAAGGUUAUUGGCAUACUCGCAUCAGAGAGUACCGUAUUGCUGGUAGUGGAAAUCAAGCCAUCGAAGAUACAGCCAAGAAGCCCCUUCUGGAGUGGAGAUUAUCUGCUGAUAAAAUUACUCAGAUGAGAGUCGUGCCAGUGCCGGAUACUGACAAUCUUGUGAUCAUUCUUUGUAUGCUGGAGAACAAAGUCAUCUUCAUCCCAAUUGUCGCUAGGGGAGUACAAACCCAAGCCCAGAGAUAGGGUUUCAAACAUAUAAUUCAAAUUCUCAC